CUCCUCUCCUUGUCUCUUUCUCUCUCUAACUGUAGCUUCUUCAACCUCUUGUUUUCCUACUCUUUCUAGUUUAAAAAACUCAUUCAAUUCUUCAAUUUUGUUCAAAAAUCGAGGCUUUUACCAGUUUCUCUUGGUAAAGUCCUCGUUUUGAUCGGAAACUAUCUCUCCGGCGAGUGUUUUCUUAACCGGCACAGACUUCUGUUGAGCCUUGUUGAUUUAUUACCGGGUUCUCAUUUUUUUUCCUGGUGGGUAAUCUCUAAUUUCUCCCAUUUUCUCCUUUUUUCUCGAAAUUUGAAGCUGGAGAGCCUCGGGUUUAUAUGGUUUCAAGCAUCAUCGAGCUCUGUAGCAGAAAGGAGCGGUUUUUUCGGUGUUUGUUAUCUGAGAUUUCAGAGUUUUUACGGUUUUGGAAUUGGUGAGAUUUGGUGUAAACGGGGAGAUAGAUAACUAUGAAUAUGAGUGGUAUGGGAUGGGGCGAUGAAGAGGAAUCGGUGGUUAGUGCCGUUUUAGGGAAUUUAGCUUCUGAUUUUCUUAGAGCCAACUCAAAUUCGAAUCAGAAUCUGUUUUUGGUUAUGGGAACUGAUGAUACUCUGAACAAGAAGCUCUCUAGCCUCGUGGAUUGUCCAAAUUCGGAGAAUUUCAGCUGGAACUACGCGAUUUUCUGGCAACAAACCAUGUCUAGAUCCGGACAUCAAGUCUUAGGUUGGGGAGAUGGGUGUUGUCGAGAGCCUAACGAGGAAGAGGAAUCAAAAGUGGUCAGGGUUUAUAAUUGCAACAGCCUUGGAUUAGAGGAAGAGAGAUGGGAAGACAUGAGGAAGAGAGUGUUGCAGAAGCUUCAUAGGUUGUUUGGUGGAUCUGACGAAGACAAUUAUGCUUUGAGCUUAGAGAAAGUUACAGCUACUGAGAUCUUCUUCUUAGCUUCCAUGUAUUUCUUCUUCAAUCACGGAGAAGGAGGUCCUGGGAGGUGUUAUGCUUCAGGGAAACAUGUGUGGCUCUCUGAUGCGGUUAACUCUGAUUCUGAUUACUGUUUCAGGUCUUUUAUGGCGAAAUCCGCGGGAAUCAGAACGAUCGUUAUGGUUCCUACUGAUGCUGGUGUUCUUGAGCUUGGUUCUGUUUGGUCUUUGCCUGAGAAUGUUGACUUGGUUAGGUCUGUUCAAGCUUUGUUCAUGAGGAGAGUCAAGCCGCCUUUGAUGGUGAAUUCAACAAACACAAACAUGAGUGGAGGAGGGAUUCACAAGCUCUUCGGGAAGGAGUUGAACAACUCGGAACAGGGAUCUCAUCACGCGUUUCCUAGGAAACUCGAUGUGAUCAGAAAUGUGGAUGAGAGGUUCACUCCUCAAAUUUGGCAAGGGUAUAACAAUAAAGGUUCAACAUUUGGUUACACACCUCAGAGAGUAGAUGUGAAAGUGCAAGAGAAUGUGAACGUUGUUGUAGACGAUAACAAUUACAAGAUGCAGAUCCAGUUUGCUGGAUCGUCCGUGGCAGCUUCUUCCAAUCCAUCUACAAACACUCAUUUGGAAAAGUCAGGUUCUUGUACCGAGAAAAGACCAGCAAGCUUGUUAUUAGCAGGAGGAGCAGGAACAGCUUCUGUUGCUGACGACAAGAGACCGAGGAAGCGAGGAAGAAAGCCUGCAAAUGGAAGAGAAGAGCCAUUGAACCAUGUGGAAGCUGAGAGGCAGAGACGCGAGAAGCUUAACCAGAGAUUCUACGCUCUACGCUCAGUUGUUCCAAACAUUUCUAAAAUGGACAAAGCUUCUCUUCUUGGGGACGCGAUCUCUUACAUCAAAGAGCUUCAAGAGAAAGUAAAGAUCAUGGAAGCCGAAAGAGUAAGAACAGAGAGCAGCUUAUCGGAAUCAGACCAGAUGACCACAAGGACAGUAGAAAGUCCAGAAGUUGACAUUCAAGCUGCCAAGGAAGAGGUUGUUGUAAGAGUAACCUCACCGUUGGAUUCACAUCCAGCUUCAAGAAUCAUACAAGCAAUGAGAAACUCAGAGGUUAGUCUAAUGGAGUCUAAGUUAUCAUUAGCCGACGACACAAUGUUUCACACUUUUGUGAUAAAGUCUAACAACGGCUCGGAUCCAUUGACGAAAGAGAAGCUUAUAGCAGCGGUUUACCCGCAAACCAGCUCCAUGCAGCAGCCAUUACCGUCUUCUAGUUCGCAGGUUUCUGGUGAUAACUAGCUUUCACCUAGAAAUAGAUAAAUUCUUUUUCUUUCUUUCUUAGUUUGAAAGGAAUCCAGUUUUCGUAUACAUAUAUAUUUACCAUUUUACUAACGUACUAUACAUAUGGAUCAUUUAAUAAGUCAUUAACACGCUUAUUUGUAUCUUGGGAAUAUUUUCUCAGUAUUUUUCCAGUUUAAGAUAAUCAAAUAAAA